AGACUCAGACGUUUCCGGGAAUGCCCAAACUACCCAAACAAAAAUUAAAAUGGCCGACAAGAUAACUCAAUUUGUUUCCCGCCAAGAAAUUUGGGUUGCACGGAAAAGCAAUCGGCUGAAGAAGUCAUCGAAACGAGCGGAUGUCUCCGCGGAAAGAAAAGCGAGAUGCUCGUUACUGGCGCCGACAGGCAGCCACUCUGCCAGACUUCGUCCCGCCGGCACAGCAUGAACAGGACCUGGAACAGCUGCAGCAUCGAGCCUCGAUCCUGUGGUCGCCCCAGCUGCUGGAACAGGACGAAAGGAAUGUUCGCGAAUACCUGGACUUUGCGGCUAGCCACUACAACAUCGAGGAGGAGCAGGCCCUGUUUAUCCUCCGUCGUCACGGAUUCGACCUGACGAUGGCCCGUCGACGCCUUGCGCGGAUUGAGACAGCUCGAGGAUGCCGUUACCAUCGCUGGAAGGCCCAGGAUCUCGUCCGACUUUCGAAGGCCUUCGAGCAACACGGCACCGAUUUUGUCAAGAUACGGGAGCUGGUGCCGCACUUUCCACUGGCCGAUGUCCGGCUGUAUUUCUCCUUCAUGUAUUCCACCUAACUAAUUUAGUCACCUAUGGUGAUCUUAAUGAAAUACCUAAUUCGUACUUUAACUUAAUUUGAUCAACAUAAAACGCCUGAAAUGUUAAUUGUUGCUAGAGUGCGCACUCAAAUUAGACUUUGUCAUGCUGGUCAUUUUUACUCAACAUAAAUUGAAUAAUGCGAGUGGAAACUCCUUUAGUGUUUUAAUGAAUGUUGAUGAAAAUAAAAUAAUAAAUAAGAUCUCCAGCAUCCAUAAUGAUAAGCCAAAUAUGUACUCCAAACAUUGACAAAAUGUAUUCAACAUUUAGUUUUAAUGUUUCCAACU